UGACAGCAGUCCAUGCUUUGGUUUAUUACCCUGGCACAGUUUACAAAUGAUAAAUUUCUAGCAUGUGUGACCCUAUUCAAGACACGGAACUGCUAACGUAAGUUCCAAAAACUCAGAAAUGAUCUCAAAUUGAUGGAGAAUCUUACCAAAGUAAUUUAUACUAUUCAUAUAUAAGUCAUGCUGCUUAAUUUAAUGCGAUGGUAAACGUGCUAUUGAAGCUAAACCAAAACCUGGAUUGCUUUCAUGACUUGCGCUAACAAGGAAACAAACGCCCAUCGUUUUCCUAAGCAACGAAGCCGCACUUCCCUAGAUACGUGUUGAUGUCAAACAAGCCCUGCUGGUGGAUGCUAGUGUCACGGUGUUUCAGCUUGCUAUACUCCUAUUUAGCAAUUAUAACAGAAUGUCUGAGACUGGUUUGACAUUUGUGGUCUGACUUGACAAGUGAACUUUUGUUACAGGUUCAAUCAGAGAAAAGUAUGACACAGAGUGAAAAGCAAAGACACAGUGGUGACGACGAGGUUAUCAAAGAAUUGUGCAUUGUGAACGGCGUGUCUUAUGAGAAGAUACCUCUGGAAGGUAGCAGCAUCACAUCUCUGGAGGUCUUCUUCUCAGGUUAUCCACGUAUGGUUGGGCUCUCUCUUUUUCCCUGUCUCUGCCAGCUCACCGUGGUUGGCCAGAAUAUCAGCCACAUUCAAGGUCUUGAGUCCUGCCCCCUGCUUCAGGAACUCUGGGUGGUGGAAUGCAAGCUUACCGGCAUUUCUGCACUUCAAAAUUGCCAUCAACUACAGAAGUUGUACCUCUACGACAACCAGAUCAAUGUGAUUGAGAAUUUGGAGUCACUUGUCAAUCUACAGGUUCUGUGGCUUAACAAUAACUUAAUCACUCACAUAGAGGGAUUGAACACCCUAAAAAAUCUGAGAGAGCUGAACCUAGCUGACAAUGGCAUUGAGAAGAUUGGACACAGUCUUGAUUCUAAUAUCAGCCUUGAAAAUCUUAAUUUAUCUGGGAACAAGAUCUGCUCCUUUAAGGAGCUGACCCUGCUUGCCCACCUGCCCUGUCUGAGGGAGUUGGGGCUGAAGGACCCCCAGUCGAGCCCCUCCCCAGUGUGUCUGCUGUGCAACUAUGCCACCCACGUGCUCUAUCACAUGCCAGGGCUCCAGCGCCUCGACACCUACGACGUCUCUAGCAAGCAAGUGAAGGACGCUGCUGAGUCAACAGUGAUGAAGAAGAUAAUGUACUACAACAUGCGUGUGCGGGCAGCCAAAAGGAACCUUUCAAAGACCCAGGCUAAUCUGCUGGAGAACAAAAGGAAUCUCCUUCAGCUUCCGGAGGACCGGAUCAAAACACUUCAUUUCACCAUCAAAAGUCUGGAGUGUGAGCUGUCGGAGGUGCAGGCCCUGUGUACGAGGUCAGGCCGUACCUGGGAUGAAGGACCGUCUCCGCUGAGUGAGGGCUCAGGGGACCACAGUGACACCCCUGUUGACAUCACCCGCUACACCGACCUGGAACACAAGAUCCUCUCCAAGCUGGACGCCCUGAAGGAGAGGUUGAAACUGUGGAACAGGAGGCUGGAAGAAAUUGAGUCCUGGUACCAGCAGGACUUGGCCCUGGUCACCAGCAGAAAUGAGCAGAUGAUCCACUUUCUGCUGAUGGAGCUUGAGACAGUGGGGAAUAUUCGUUUUGAAGAGGGCAGCUCCACUGACCCCUGGUUUACUUCUUGCUAUGACCUUCUUCUGUCCCGUUUCUGUGCGUGGGACUACAAGGCCUAUGGUGUCACUGGCAUCAGGAUCAACCGUGUUGUCCGCAUCCAUAACCGCGCCCUGCGACUUCGCUUCGAGGACAAACUUCACACGCUAUUGGCCAGCGAGGAGUCAACAGUGUUUUCGCAGAAUUACAAACGAUGGUUGGAGUACCUAUUCUAUGUGUCUGAUCCUGAAAGAACCAGUGAAACGAAUGAGAUCUUGCGCAUUCCAGAGGAUGGCUUUAAAACAGCAGAUAUGUUUAAGGCUCUGGGCAGAGAGACAGCUGUUCCCUUGUCUAACAGCCUGAGUGUGACAGACAGGCCUAGGAUUGAGUACACACAGCGACAGGCUAACCAAAGCAACUCUAAGCAGAGUGUAGACACACAACUUUUCAGGCAUGGUCAGAUAAUUGUGUCCAAAGUGUUCCUGGGACGCAGCUUCCCGGUUCGAGAAGGGGAUUCAGUGGAUCCCUGCAAAUAUCCCAAAGCUCACUCUGUUUACCGUAGUGUGGGCCUGGAACAGACCAGUGGUGGUUUGGUGCACAGUGAAUGUGACUGCACUCUGAGACAGAGUCUGUGGUUCGUGUUUGACCAUGAGCUGAUCCUGCCCGAGUACCUCAUUGACUUUGAGUAUAUCACAAAGGACCAAGCCCAGACUGUGUUCGUUAAACCCAGCCAGACAGAGAACCCUUUCUCUGACGAUAUCAACCUUGACGAGGAGACACUGAACAUGGAGCCCAUGCUCAAACCGCGUCCCAAGAUGCUCAGUCUGGAUGAGAAAACUUUACUCCACGUGGCCAGAGCAAAUUUUCUCAGUCAGAUCACUGUUUUGAAUCUCCAUGGCAACAGCCUAAAUAAGCUGAAGGAGAUUUCUCAUCUGACAGCCCUACGCCACCUGACCAUCAGCUUCAACGAAUUCACACAACUGGAUGACAUCUCCCACAUGAGCAGCCUGGAGUUUGUGGACGCCAGUUACAACCGCCUGCAGACCCUGGAGGGACUGAGGGGGCUGGGGCGGCUCAGACAGCUGGACCUGCGCUGGAACCAGCUGACCCAGGCCCGGGAGGAAUCAGCUGUGCUGCGGAAACAUGCCCCAUCCCUGCUGAAACUAGACACCCGCCACAACCCAUGGCACAGGCCCGAUGGAGUUCGGUUGGCGGUUCUGGGACGUCUCAUAACCCUCACACACCUGGACGAUGUGCUGGUGACAGAGGAAGAGGCAGCUGCUGCUGUCAAAAUGGCUGCAGGCUCCAAAAUAACCCAGGCAUCGCUCUUGGCCCACUCCCGGACAGACAGUGAGCGUCCCCGCUGUCUGAGCUUGCUCUCUGCUGCCCAGCUCCUGGAUCAACUCAGCCCCUCACCAUGGAACCUCACUGGAGACCUGGAACCAGGCUGGACCACCAAGAUCACAGCCCUUAACCUUGACAGCCAGAGGCUCUCCAGGCUCACCAACCUGGACAAACUUGUCAACCUGCGCUGGGCCUCCUUCAAUGACAAUGACAUCUCUAAAGUGGAGGGUCUGGAUAACUGCAAGCAUCUGGAGGAGUUGUCCCUUAAUGACAACUGCAUCUCUAGGCUGGUUGGCAUGUCCAAACUGCACCAGCUCACUAAGCUCAGUGUGAAUGGGAACAAGUUGUCCUGUCUGGAUGGCACCGUCUUGGACCGGCUGCCCAACCUGCACUACCUGUCUGUGGAGAACAACCGCAUUGGCUCCCUGUAUGGGGUGCAGAAGGCCCGCUCCCUCCUGGAGCUUUACAUCGGCAACAACAUGAUCUCCACCACACAGGACAUCUACCAACUGAAGGUUUUGACUAGCUUAAUCAUUCUGGAAAUGUAUGGGAAUCCUUUAGUGGAGAAACUAGAAAACUACAGGAUUUAUGUGGUAUUCCACCUACCUACACUGAAGGCGCUGGAUGGAAUUGCAGUGGAAAUGACGGAGUUUGAGAAUGCCAAGGAUAUGUUUGGUGGACGCCUGACCCCUGACAUGGUGACAGAGAAACUGGGCCACUUGAACUACUCUGACCUGGCUGAUCUUAACCUGCAGUCUUGUGACAUCAGGAUGGUGGACCUGGCACCUGCAGACCUGUUCCACAACCUGCGCAGUGUCAACUUAGAGCAUAACAAUCUCACCUCCUUUAGUGGCCUGGUGUACCUGCCCAACAUCAAGGCUCUGUAUUUAAACUAUAACCACAUAGAGUCCAUCCUGCCUGGACAGAAGGCCCAAGCCCAUCUGACUAGCAGACAGAUUCUCUACCAGAGGGUGAACUCCAGUGGCUAUGGCCGGCAGGGUUCAGCCAGAGGCAGCAGGGAAGCAGGCCCUGCAGACAGCCUGGAGCCACUUAUGGGCAGCCUGGAGGUGCUGCAUUUGAGCUACAAUGGCAUCUCCAAUAUGGCCAAUCUGCAGCUCAGCAGGCUCACCAAUCUCAAAGCACUCUUUCUUCAAGGUAAUGAGAUCAGCCAGGUGGAGGGCUUGGAGGGGCUACACCGGCUCCGGGAGCUGGUCUUGGAUAGGAACCGGAUUAAGGCCCUGGGGGAGAACUCUUUCUCUGUUCAGAUUGUCCUGCUGGAGCUGCACCUGGCAGAGAACCGCCUCCGGGAACUCAACCACCUCCAGCCUCUUAUCGGACUGAGGAGGCUGUUCCUGGGCCUGAAUAAGAUACAGGACAUCUCAGAGCUUGAAAAACUAGAAGUCCUUCCCUCACUGAUUGAGCUGUCAGUCAUAGGGAAUCCUGUGGCCCGGCGGUCCCUCCAUAGGCAGACGGUGGUACUGCGCCUCUCCAGGCUGCAGGUUCUGGAUGGGCUGGUGGUCUCCCUGGAGGAGAAGACCAGGGCUGAAUUACUCUGCACAGAGGCACCGUUGCCUGUGACCUCUGGGUCUGGCAUGGAUAUGAACCUGUCUGGCCUGUUACCCCUCAUGUCCCGGGCUGCCCCUCUACGUGGCACCAGUCUAAGUGGAGGAUUUCAGCACUUCCUGAGUCCUGACAUCCUCUUCCCCUGUCCCCUGGAUGAAGCCGUGCCCUAUGACGUGUCAAAAUAUAAGAGGCAAAAGCACAGCAGUGCUGGCAACCAUGCCCACAAUGCCCUCGCAGAAAUGACCUUCAGGCAGGUCAGAGGAACAGCAAGCACCCUGCCUACUAUGGGCCUUUUACCUAGCGGCCACAGGGUUGUUAUCCCCCACCCCAACCAAGAGGAAAGCCGAUUCCAUAGUGGGGUUGCUCCUAAACCACCAUUUUAAAUCCCCAGCAGAGUGAAGGUAGAAUCACAUAAUGGAGGAAAGGCUGGUUCUGCUCAGCUCUGAACAACUUUGCUCUAUAGACUAGAUAUGUCAACUGCUUAUAAUGUCCUUUACUUUGCCUACAAUACAUUUUGUAUGUUUUUACUUUUGUGACACAAACUGUGAUCCCCAAACCACAGUAUGGUUGUUCAAAAUGUAGGUUAUUUCUGUUUGUGUUUUGUAUAAUUUUCUUUGUUUAUCUUGUUUGUCAAAUGCGUACAGUGUGAAAUGAACAACUGUCUACCUCUAUCCACAACUGACAUUUUCUAGUCAGUGAGCAUGGUACUACAUUUUAUAUUUUGAGGUAUGGAGUGGUCCAUCAAACUACUUUACUAGCUCGCUUCCAAAAUGAGAAAAAGAGAAAAAAACACCCACAGAUGCAAGGGCGCGUGAGGCUGGCAUGUUGUGUUCAUCGGGUCAAAUGGAUCUCCAACAAGUGGAUAAUCCAGCUUUAGCACACCUCUCUGUGGACAAUAAUCUGCAGUCACUCAGAUGGAGCAAUAAUCUUGAAUGAGGUCCAAAUGGAUUGCCGUGAUCUGUCAGUUUCAGCAUGUUAGCCUCUUUUAAAACACCCACCAUGGUUUCCUGUCCAAUAGACAACUAUUGGAAACCAGUAAUUUUCUACAGUGGCUUGUUGGUGAUGAAAGGUAAUUUACAUUCAUUGCCACGUUUAUGUUAUUCUCUCACUAUUAUAACUUUUAACAGAUACAAGUAGACUGCAUUAAAAUAGUUAAGCCUUGGAAAAUAUAGCACGGGUGUAACAGGCACACGUAUGCACUGUUUGUGCCCCAAGCUAAUGAUGUUAACCAUCAUGGAGUGUUAUUUUCUCACACCUAGUGAUGACAUUGUGGCCACUAGGUGUCCCUAGUGCUUUAUCAUCCCUGCCCUCAGCCAACUGUCAGACUGUCCACUGAGUAAAAACAUUGAUUCAAGGCCAGGUUCAAUUGACGUUCAGUAAUUCCCUAGGUUAUGCUCACAGCUAACAUGACCUGUUCAAAUUUCAUGGAACACCAACCAGUUCCUGCAAAAGUGAAAUGCUCUCUCCUCUAAAGAGCUCUAAUGCAUGUACUUAUCUUCACUUAAUUUGUGUUAACUCCCAGCAUUAAGCAGGGCUAAUGACUGGCUGAGUCAUUACCUUGCUUUGCCUGACAUCAAAUGGCUGCUGAUGGGCCCUUGCUGAAAAGCACAGUAAUGCACAGAUUUGGGGCUUGAUGAGAGUGCUCUAAUGCAUUAGAUAUUGCAAUGAAUAAUUACACAUGAGUCAACUAAGUACAGUAUUUGGGGAUAUGUGAUAUCUGUAAAUAGUUGCCUGGGUUUGUAUGUACAAUAUAAUCUCGAUAUGCAUGAAGUAAAAACAUUCCUACAGUA